CGAUAAGAUAAGAUAACAAACCAAACCAAUAUAUACCCACCCUUCCUUCUCCAUAAUCCACCACCAUAAUCCCCCACCCACCAUGCCAACCAGAAUCACAUCCACCUUCCAUCCCUCCUCCUCCAUAAUCUCUUCCGUGAAAUGUUCCCUAAUCUCACCCGACCUCUCACACCUCGUGGUAGCCAAACUCAACAGCGUAUCGGUAUACUCCAUCCUGGAGUCUGGACUGCAGUUGGAAUGCAGUGUGGGGGUGAGAGGGAAGGUGCGGGUUGUUAGAGCUGUUCCUAUACAGAACUCCCACCGCUCAAACCUCCUCAUCCUCCUCGACCACCCCGAUCCCGAACUCCUUAUCUUCACUUACACCGAAACAUCCGCACCAGGAACCGCCACGUUGAAUAUCAAACACCAAAUUCCUCUAGACGAACGCGGAAGCAGACCUUCGGAAUUAUGCACAGAUGCUAUCGUACAUCCUUCUGGGGUAUUCGGUGUAGUGAGUUGUUAUACAGGGAAAUUGAAAGUGGUGAUGAUGGAGAGUGGGGAAGUACAUAAUGUACAGAUACCCGAACUAAACCUCCUAAGUUACACUUUCCUCCCACUUGUCCACAAGCACAACUAUGCGUUGGCGCUUUUGUAUAUCGACUACAAGGAACAUAUCCAACUCGUGUCACGUAACUUGCGUAUUUCCCUCUCCUCCGAGUCCAAUGUCGAUCUCGACAUCUCCUCAUACUCCCACCUCCUCCCCCCAACAACCAUCUCAUACAAACACCUUCCCAACCCAGCAGAGACCGCAGUCCACCUUAUCCCGAUUCCUGCCGAUGAGGAUUACAUGUAUGAUAUGCAUAUGCAUAUGGAUGAGGAUGAACACGAAACAGACAUAUUCCUCGGCGGAAUCCUCGUCGUGGGAGGGAGGAAGGUGUUGUUGUAUGAGUUAACCUCGCAGGAGGCUCAGGAGUUCAAGCCUGUCAAGGGAAAAGGGAAGAGGAAGCGGGAUUCAAAGAAGCAAAAGCAAAUCGAUACUCCUACUCCUACUCCUAAUACAGACUCUGGUUCUAGUAAGCAAAAGAACUUGAAUGAGAUCAAAAAGAGGGACCCGAGGGCGACGGUUGAGUGGCCGUGGAGUUGGGUCACAGCUUGCACCCCCGUAGACGAAGACGAAUCAUCUCACAAAAUCCUAAUCGGGGAUGCAUUCGGGAGGUUGGCGAUGCUUUCGCUGUAUAGGUUCAAAGAGUUCGGUAUGGUGUUGAUUCCACUCGGAGAGACCUCACCCCCCACCUCCCUCACCUACCUCUCCAACCAAAUCACCUUUAUCGGAUCGCACCUCGGGGACGCGCAGCUCGUGCGCAUCAGCCAGGUCGCGCUGUCGACGGCGAAAGAGAGUCUGACGUUGCCGAUACCGGAGUCGGUUGGUACGAGGAUCUCGGUGGAGGAGUUUAAUAAACUUGAUGAUGAUAGGGGGAAAGGACCGAGUAGUGGUGGUAGUGGUGGUGGUGGUGGUGGUAGUGUACAUGGGAGGGGGAAGGGGAUCAAGAAAGGCUGGAUCGUCGCGACCCACGGGUCGUUCAUUGAAGUUAUCCAGACUUUCAAGAAUAUCGCACCCAUAAGGGACGCGGUAUUAGCGGAUUUGGAUGGGAGUGGGCAGUCACAUAUCGUCACCUGCUCCGGAGGCGGGAACGCUGGAUCAGUCAACAUCGUUCGCAUCGGAGCGGAUUUCGAAGAAACGGCGUCGGUGCAGGGGGUGGAAGGGGUUAUUGAUAUGUGGCCUGUGAGACUUAGUUAUGGGACUGCUCUCCACUCCUACUUCAUCACCACCACCCUCCUCUCCACCCACGUCUUCCACCUCACCCCCAACCUCAACCCGAACCCCACCUCCACCUCCACCUCCAACCCCACUCAACUCGAAUGCGUCGACACCUCCCACGACUUCAUCCUCCCCAACCAAACCCUCUACAUCGGCAACAUGGCUCUGAAAACAGCUGGGAAAUACGACGAAGAUUCGGCGCUCGUGGUCCAAGUCGUUCCGGAGGCUGCGGUGCUUCUCCAGUAUGAUGCUGUGUUGGGGAGAUGGACGUGUGUGGAUAGGGUGGAGGCGGAUGCGGAUAAAGGGGGGAGUGGAAGUGGAGGGGGGAGUGGAGGGGGGAGUGGAGGGGGGAGUAGAGGGAAGUUUGUAAAGGCGAGUGGGAACGCGAGUCAGUUAUUAAUUGCACAGGCAGGGGGGUGGGUGGCGGUGUAUACGGUGCAGAUGCGGGAAGGGAAAUUGAGGUUGGUCAGGACGACUGCGCGGAAAUUGGAUUUGACGGAACAAAAAAGCCCCUCCCUCUUCCCCUCCCCCUCCCCCUCACCCCCCUCAUGGUACAACACCGAAAUCUCCGCCCUCACCUGUCCCCUCCUCGACCCCUCCAAACACUUCACCCGUCUCAUCGCCGCAGCUUUCUGGCACACAAACCAACUUGCCCUGUAUACCUUUACUCCUCAAUCCGCCGAGUUAGAACUUUUAUGUCAAUCUCCGCUGGGGGCACUGACGUCCCCGGUGCGGGCGGUGGUGAUGGGGUUUAUGAGUGUGGGGCGGUAUCGGGUGGAGGAUCGGGAGUCGCAUUUGUGUGUGUUUGCGGGGUUGGCGGAUGGGGGGGUGGUUUCGUGGGAGGUGGUGGUGGAGGAGGAGGAGGCGCAGGCGGAGGAGGAGGAGCAGCAGCAGCAGAGUGGGGUAGGUGGGGUAGGUGGGCAGGGUGCACGCAUCAAAGUCCCGCGAUUAAAAGACAUGAAUAUCAUUUCACUGGGCAACACACCGGUGUCGUUUACCCAAUACGAAGCUGAUGGGAGACGGGUCGUGGUUGCCGCCGGGAGCAGAGCCGUGGUGUUUUCGUGGGAAGGGUCGCAUUUGAGGUCUGCGCCUGUUAUGCUUAAGGAUAUCACCGCGGUUACAACACUGAACACCGAGAAUUACCCCAACUCCCUAAUGUUGGCUACUGAUUUCGGGAUAUCGAUAGGAAGGGUGAGGAGUUUGGAGAAGAUGCAUAUUCGUUCUACAUCACUGGGUCUUCACACCCCGCGCCACAUCGUGCACGAACCCACCCAUAGAGUGUUUGGUGUAGGAACUGUGUAUACCGAGCCGUGUCGGGUCGGAGAAGAAGAGAAGACGAUGAAUUCGGUGAAGUUGCUUGAUGAUACGACUUUGGAAGUAUUAGCUCAAGCCGAACUCCAGCAAGAUGAGCAGAUAAUGUCAUUAGCUGUUCUCCAGGUGAACGACCACCACCACAACAACAACAACAACAACAAUAACAACACCUCUCAACAACAGCACCUUCUCUGCGUAGGGACCUUUUCCCUGCGUCUAGACGAGACCGAACCCACUUCCGGCAAGAUCUUGCUGUUCGAAAUUCAACACGCCUCUUCGACAUUAAUCCAGCUCAAACGCGUUGCAGCGACGGAUGUUGGUGGUUGUGUAUACUCUUUGGUGGUUAUCGAUGGUUUACUCGCUGCUGCGAUAAAUUCUUCUGUAUCCCUAUACCGAGUAUCAUCCAUCACAGAAGACCUCAGUCCCUCCACACCAUCGUACACGAUCCACUCGAUGAUGGAGUGGAACCACAACUAUAUGGUUACCUCCCUUUCGGCGUAUCGCAACCACUUGGUCGUUGCAGACCAAUUCAGCUCCGUGUCGUUGUUGGGAUUGGAGGGUGAUGAUGAUGAUGAUGAUGGUGAUGAUGGUGGAAAUCGGAAGUUGGUAACGGUGGCAAGGGAUUAUUCGCCUUUGUGGCCGGUAUGUGUGGAGGCGGUUGAUGAUAAGAGCUUUGUAGGCGCAGAUCAAUCUUUGAAUAUGUUCACCUUCUCGUUGAGCCAAGCUACUACUAAUAAUAGAACAAUACUGGUACGGGAUGGGUUUUAUCACGUCGGUGACCUCAUCACGAAGUUUAUCAGAGGUAAGAGUUAUAGAUCACUUGCCACCACGACGGAUUCAGCGCCAGGAAGAUUCAAAUCCACGCAUAUAUUCUGCACGCUUUCGGGUCAAAUCGGUGUCAUUACUAGCGUUGAGAACGAUAUCGUUCUGUCGAGGUUUUUGUCGGCGCUUGAACUGCAGUUGGGUCAGAAAUCGAUUUCGGCGGGGGGUGUUAGUCAUGCCAAGCACCGUGCUCCGAGACUUUCGAGAGGACGCAGCGAUGCUGAUUCGGCGGCGUAUGGUAUCCUCGACGGAGAUCUGUUGGAACAAAUGUUAACCUAUAUGAACACGGACCCCGAACUGGCUGAGGAGAUCUACACAUUGUCAGUGGCAGAUGACGAUGAUCUCCCGUACACACUGGCAGAGUUGAAGAAAGAUCUCGAGUUGUUGCAAAAUAUGCAUUGA